UAUUACAGAGACAAGAAGCUGAAAUAGGUGAAAACUCAGCUGCUAGAGUAAGUUAGAUCACAUCAAUGUCUGAUAUCAGUGAUUCCUUAUUUUUAUUUUAUAAUUGACAUUUUUCAAAUCAAUAUUUUGUAGAGUGUGAACAAAAGAGCACUCCCAAAGUGUGUGUUGUAUGAUUGGUCUGAUUCUGAUGAAAACAUUGCUGAGGGGCGAAUUCUUUCUUCUGAUCCUGAUGACUUGGUGAAUAACUGUCGCCUAGGCCCUACAGAUCUUAAAGUGUUGGUAGAAACUGCUACCAAACCAGAUGCAUUCCUUUGGAGACCAGCAAGUAACAUGUUCACGGUUGAGGAAGCUGUUGGACAAAUAAUUGCUUGGCCAGCCUCUAAGUGUGUUCUAGUUGACAAGGACAUCCAAAUAGAAGAUAUUGCGCCUCUGGGUCUUAGAACAAAUUCUCUGAACAAAUGCAAACUACUAGAUUUGUCUAGCGAUGAAGUGAUUGUUGCUGAAGGUCGUUGGCAGACACAAGAACCAAGCGCAUUGGUUAAUGGACUCCCUCUCGGACCAAAGGCAGUUAAAGUAUUUGUGGAUCAAGUCCAUCAGCCUGAAACUUUUAUAUGGAGGCCUACCAUGGAAAUGACAUACCUUGAGGACUGUGUUAUGGCUUUUGUAUCUUGGCCUGUCAGUAAAGUUGUUUUUGAAAAUUCAACAACAGGUCACAAAUCUCCUCUUCAGAAUUCUGCAGCAACUGUAUCAGGUUCUAAAUCUGUACCAGGUGCAAAAUCUGCAACAUCAGGCCCUAAAUCUACAACAGGUACAGGUUCUGAAUCUCCUAUUGAGGAUGCAACAGGUACAAGCUCUCCAAUGAAGAAAACUCUUCCAGAUUCACAGUCUCCUCUUCGAAAAUCUCAGCGUAUUAGUAAUCAAGUUGUUUCAAAGGAGAAUAAGAAGUGCAAGCUGAUGGAUAUUACCGGAAGGAAGCGGGUAGUUGCUGAAGGACGAUGGGUUUCAAAUGACCCAGAUAUGAAGGUCCAUUUUGUUCCCUUGGGUUCUAAUGGAGUUAAGGUGUGGGUAGAUAUCGUGAAGGUAAGUGAUGCAGCAGUUUGGAGGCCAUCUGAUGAAAUUGUGACUUUGGAAGACGCAUUUGGCACAACUCUUGCAUGGCCAGAUGACAAGGUGAUCAUGUGUUAAACUUCUGCUUGGACAUGAGACUUGGUUUAAUUUAGUAUUCUGUGUUUAGUAUUCAAUGCUGCUUUUGGUACAACUACUCCUUGGACAUGAGACUUUUUUUUUGUAUUCUGUGUUUGGGCUUCUGUAAUAUAUGGAUGUUGGAUUGUUAUCAAUGGGGAUUGUCAGUACUUUUAUAAAA